AUGAGUGAAGACAUUUUACAUCGCAUGCGUAGAAUAAAUGCUAAUCCCAACAUUCAAUUUACAUCAAAUAUAUACAAUGAAGCAUUGAUUUUAAUUGAGAAUGUAUGUUUGACAAUAGCCAACAAAUCACUGACAGAAUUGGGAAUGAUUGCUCCAAAUAGAUCUGGUAAUGACAUUUUCGAUCGUGAUAUACAACGAGAAACGCACUUCGAUGUUAAUGAAUUACAUGCAUUUAAUCGAAUUUAUCUGCCGAAACUGGUAUUAGAACAACGAACAGCAUAUGACACAAUUAUAAAUGCAAUAUCUAACAAGAGUUGUGGCUUAUAUUUCUUAGAUGCACCUGGAGGUACUGGCAAAACUUUUCUUUUUUCAAUUAUUCUGGCAACUAUAAGAUCACAAAAUAAUAUUGCACUUGCUAUUGCAUCAUCUGGUAUUGCAGCAACUCUUUUGGACGGUGGUCGAACAGCGCAUUCAGCAUUGAAAUUGCCAUUAAAUGUGCAGGUAAUUGAAACUCCAACAUGUAAUAUUAGCAAACAUUCUGAGAUGGGAAAAGUACUAAGAUCAUGUCAGCUUAUAAUAUGGGAUGAAUGCACUAUGGUACACAAGAAAUCAUUGGAAGCACUCAAUCGCACAUUAAAAGAUUUAAGAGGAAAUGAGUAG